CCCUAAACCGGCUAGGUAUGUAGGGUUGCCAUGUAAGUCUCGUUAGAUGGCAUUGUGGCUGGGCUCUGUUGGAAUCGGCAGCUCGAUCGUGGGAUACGGGCGCAUCGCCAUGUCGCCUCACGUCCGCUGCGGAGCAGCAGCCGACCCAAAUGGAUCGAAUGGGGCUUUUCGGGCCCGGGACGACCAAUCCAGCUUCCGGGCGAGCAGGAUCACGGAGCAGGCCAAGGACACCAGCCUGAGCAGCUUCGAAGGGAGCGAGAUCAACGCGCCGUUUGGGUUUGGCCAGUACUCCCACAAGAGCGUCGAGCCGCAGGAGGACAAGAGCCGGGCGAGCUGCGAGGGAAUCGACAAGCAUUCUCCCGCCAAGGAUUCUCGCUCUCCUGCCGUGGACGAAGAACAGUGGAAGAGUGUCUUCCCUGCCUACAUCCAGAGUGGAGGUGGGGAUGAUCACUGUGGCGAUGGAGUCGUUGGUGGCGAAGUCUCGGCGGCCAAGGCAGCCGCCGAGUCCGUGAAAGAGCUCGAGUCACACGUAAGUACUCCAUUGUCAGCGCCACCUUGUUCCAGUGCAAAGCCACCAAAAGAAGGUGGAAGAAAUCUCUCCGAGCUUAUAACUCACGAUCCAAUCUGGGCAGCAAUCCGGGCCGAAGCACGGCUUGAGGCAGAGAAAGAGCCACUUCUGAGCAGUUUUCUGUAUGCUAGUAUACUGGCUCAUCCUUGUUUCGAGCGCUCUGUGGGCUUUGUUCUCGCCAACCGGCUGAAGAAUGUGACCCUCUUGGCGACGCAGCUCCUGGACGUUUUCGACGAUGUCUUCACGCACGAGCCUCAAGUCCAGGAAGCUAUUCGUCUGGAUGUCCAGGCCGUGAGAAGUCGCGAUCCAUCGUGCAGAUCUUACAGUUCGGCUCUCCUGUACUUAAAGGGCUAUCACGCUUUGCAAUCCUACAGAGUAGCUCAUGCGCUUUGGAAUCGCGGGCAGCGAGUGUUGGCGCUGGCAUUGCAAAGCAGAAUCAGUGAGGUGUUUGCUGUAGAUAUCCAUCCAGCUGCGCGAAUCGGGAAAGCUAUAAUGCUUGACCACGGAACGGGCGUAGUGAUCGGAGAGACUUGUGUUAUAGGCGAUAGAGUUUCCUUGAUGCAGGGUGUCACUUUAGGUGGAUCGGGCAAAGAAGCCGGUGACAGGCAUCCCAAAAUCGAAGAAGGGGUGCUCAUUGGAGCUGGAGCAACGAUCCUAGGCAACAUAAGAAUCGGUCGUUGCUCCAUGGUCGCUGCUGGAUCACUGGUUCUUAAAGAUGUGCCUCCACACAGUGUAGCGGCUGGAACUCCUGCCAAAGUCGUAGGAACUCUAGAAGAGCCCACUCCUGCCUUGACGAUGAAACACGAUGCAAUGAGCUGCCAAAUUUCCGACGACAGUCUCUGUGAAGGCGCUGGAAUAUAAGAUGGACAAUUAGAAAGAGAAUCUGUACAUAUAUAAAAGCUGGUAUGUAUUGGUUAGUUGGAAUAAUCGAUUCCAGAUCCACGAAAACUCUGGAUUUGUGCUGGCUAGGAGUGCAAUGCACUGCUGGACACGGCUUAAUUCAUGAGGUAACAUUUUGCGUUUCCUUGUCUUUUU